CUCCUGAUCGCCAAAAUGGCCACCAAAAUGCUCUCCAAAGAAGACGAGUCAGCCGAACACGUUACCUGGGCCGACCAACAACUCAUCAAUUCCUUCUCAAGAUACAACGCACGCCUCGCGGACCGGGAAGACCAGCUCGAAGCACUAUCACAGACAAAAGAAGCACUGGAUGACGUCUUAACUGAGCUUGAGUUGGCGGAUGAGGAUGAGCUGGUACCGUACAAGGUCGGAGACGCGUUUGUGGAGUUGAAGUUGGAGGAGGCGCAGGAAAGAUUGGAGAAAGAGAAGGAGAUUGUGGAUGACCAGGUGGAGAAGUUGGAGGAGGAGGUUGUGGAGAUCAAGGCGGAGAUGGAUAGGCUAAAGGUGCAGUUGUACAGCAAGUUUGGACGGGCGAUCAACUUGGAGAAGUGAGCGCAUACGUCCAGCUUGGGCAAAGAGUGAACAAAGGCGACGAUUGCUCGUCGUACAAGGUCGGCAAGGCGAAGACGCACGCAAUCGUGCAAAAGCAAUAUCCAAAAGGAGAGCAGGUCUGCGAUUGAAUGCAGGGAGGGAAGCACAAAAUGGUCAUGAGAGACUUGAACGAUAGACAUAUGUAUUAGCAUCUUUAGCUAUACGAGCCAGUUAUUAAGCGAGUGGAGGUACCAUACAAUCCCUCAAACAAUAAAAUAAUCACUACAACG